UGCCGUUCGCGUAUGUCACCUCAAGCUCACCUGCCCGAGUUCCCAGGGUAGUCAGCCGGCUCGCAUGAUCUGCUGUCGACCAACACCUCGAUCGGGUCUCGUGUACGCGCGUCCACUAAUCCAUCAGCAGCAGUGGCACGUCGCGAGAGAGAGCAGCAGACGACCUGCAGUUAGACCUGCACCAACAACAGCAGAGUUUGACAAAAAAAUAUAACAAAAAAAAAGAAAAAAAAGAAAAAAGGAAGCCAAAUGGCGCCGCGGAAGCAUGGCAGUGGCCACGGGGCCGGCCUCCUCGAGGUAACCACUGCUUUUCAGCAGCAGCUCAGUCAACGCGAGCAGCAACAGCAGCAGCAGCAGCAGCAUCAUCACCAUCAACAUCAUCAGUUGCAACAACGUCAGCUCGAUACUCUCGAGAGCCUCGGCUUGUCGCACGUACUCGGCUCAGCGAUGCUGGGCCAGUGCUGCACGCCGAGCGAGUGCCUGCGCGGCGACGCGUUCAUCUGCGCCCCCGGGAGCCUCCAUCAGUCCGACCAGCAGGACUACAUCAAGGUCAGUUGUAGCAACGACGCCUGCACGGCCGGCCAAUUCAUGCACCGCGAGUGCUUCGACGCCUGGGAGCAGACGCUCCUCGUUUACCUGAAAAGUUGCGGCAGGGCGCGCAGCUGGUCCGAGCGCCAGCGCCAGCAGAACCUCUGGACCAAGAAGGGCUACGACCUGGCCUACAAGGCCUGCGCCUGCAAGUGCGGCCGGGGACACCUCAAGAAAGAUCUGGAUCAACAGCCGACCAGCACCGAGCAGACCACCACCACCACCUCGGCCGAGGGCAAGAAGAAGAAGCGCCGCAACCGGCAGAGGCAACAACAGCUACAGACCUGUAUCAUCAGUCCGGGCCAACAACAACAACACGCGAUGUUUAAGCAACAACAACAACAACAGCAGUGCAACGAGGCGCGCUGCCGCGCCGGCAGUCUCUCCAGCACCGGCUCGACCUCCCCGCCCAGCGAGACCAGCACCAGUCCGCUGCACCAGCCUCAGAUCAGCUCCAAAAGGAGGAACAAGGUCGAGUUCUUCGGCGAUAGGAUCAGGCAAAGCUGUGGAGCGAACGGAAUAUUUUCUCGUCGCAUGGACUUUAGCGCGUUUAACAGCUUGCCACGAACCAAAUUGAACUCCUAUCACAUCAAGAUGGAGGACGAGGGCAAUCACGGCAACGACGACACCCGAUGCUUCAUCCUGUCGACCCUGGCAGCGCUCCAGUGGCCCAAGGUCUCGUGCGUGCUCUGCCAGGUGAAGAUGCUGGUCUUCGACAGAUAUCCCCUGGUCGACGGCACCUUCUUCCUCUCCCCGAGGAAACACUCCAUCUCCUGCGCCGAGGUGAAGGUCGAGGGCCGUACGCAGUACUUGUCGGCCGUGUGCAUGAGUUGCCUCGAGGGUAACAGCGGCACCCCGGCCCGUUGCCGCUCCUGCACCCAACUUUGGGACGGCUCCAGCCUCGUACUGGGCACCAUGUACAGCUACGACAUAUUCGCCGCCAUGCCCUGCUGCACCGAUCGACUCAAGUGCAACAGCUGCCAGCAGCCCUUGAUCUAUCCGCACCAGCGGCUGAACUUCUACUCGGACUACAGCCGGGUCUUCGCCUGCCCGCACUGCCGCGCCGUAGACGCCCACUUCGUCAAGCCCCUGUCGGCCUGUUACACCCGCGAGCACUUCCAGUUAUACAGCGCCUGGCCCUAACGGCUGCGCCCGACACCCCCGGGCGCCGUCCCGAAGGAGCGGACGGUCCUGUCGGCCAGUCCACUGUUGGCCCUCCUCCGGGCGAGUCUGCUCUAGCCGCUGCGUUUGCCCGACCAAGCUUGGGUGCGUCAGUGUCCUGUUACGAUCGGCAACUAAACAAAUAAGAGCUGUCGCGGUACUUGAGGCUCGAGCGCCUAAAGACGGCCUAUUCGUUGAGCCCGCACCGAUAAACAGUCGCGCCGGGAUCACUAUACAUACGUUACUUUUUUUUUUUUUUUUUUU